AUGUUCAAGAACGGGUUUAGUGCGUCUAAGAGAACGCUAGCCAGCGUGGCAUCAGAGCAACUGCUGCCCAAGAAGUACGGUGGUCGCUACACCGUAACCCUGAUUCCUGGAGACGGUGUAGGUAAAGAAGUCACGGACUCCGUAGUGUCGAUUUUCAAAUCAGAGAACGUGCCAGUGGACUGGGAAACCGUCGAGAUCUCCGGCAACCUGGAGAGUCAGGAGGGUGUACAAAAGGCCGUUGAGUCGCUUAAGAGAAACAAGGUCGGGCUUAAGGGUAUCUGGCACACCCCUAUGGAUCAGACGGGUCACGGGUCGUUGAACGUCGCACUUCGCAAACAAUUGGACAUUUUCGCCAACGUGGCGCUUUUCAAGAGUGUGCCGGGUGUCAAGACCCGUCAUUCUAACGUGGAUCUCGUCGUUAUCAGAGAGAACACCGAAGGUGAAUACUCUGGUUUGGAGCACGAGUCUGUGCCAGGUGUUGUCGAGUCGCUCAAGAUCAUGACCAAAGUUAAGUCUGACAGAAUAGGCCGCUUCGCUUUUGACUUUGCCCUCAAGAACAAUAGAAAGUCUGUGUGUGCCGUCCACAAAGCCAAUAUCAUGAAACUGGGUGAUGGUCUUUUCAGAAACUGCAUCAACGAGGUCGGUGCCAAAGAAUACCCCGAAAUCGAGGUGAAGAACAUCAUCGUGGAUAACGCUUCCAUGCAAGCCGUGGCCAAGCCCCAACAGUUCGAUGUUCUCGUCACCCCUAACUUGUAUGGUUCCAUUUUGGGUAACAUCGGUGCCGCUUUGAUCGGUGGGCCUGGCUUGGUUCCAGGUGCCAACUUUGGCAGAGAAUUCGCCGUUUUCGAACCUGGUUCCAGACACGUUGGUAUGGAUAUCAAAGGACAAAAUGUUGCAAACCCUACCGCCAUGAUCUUGUCUUCUGCUCUAAUGUUGAGACAUCUUGGUUUGGCCGCGUACGCUGAGAGAAUCUCCAAGGCUACCUACGAUGUUAUCGCCGAGGGCAAGGCUACUACACAGGAUAUCGGUGGUUCUUCCUCCACUACCGAGUUCACCAAGGCCAUCAUUGACAAAUUGAAGGCUUUUUAA